AGUGGGCGGAGUCACAGAUGAUUGACAGGAUAUUCUGGAGGCACGGCAGGCGAGUAAUCUCUGGCAAACUGACCACAGCCACACCGUCAGACUACCGACAGCGAUUUUUAAAAACGAAAAUCCGUCCCAAACUGGGGAUUUCAUCGAGUUUUGAUGCCGAGAUAUUGGCCGGUAAGCACCAUCCAUGGACUUCCAUCUCUGACGAUCGUGUUUGAGAGCUGAUAAUGAUGAAGAUGAAGCUGCGAGCGGCGGGAGGAGAAAAUUACCGAUGCGACUUGAAUUCCGUUAACGGAGCGGAUCGGGAGAGCGGCAUCGGGGCGGCUCAGCUCGAUAAGGAGGCGGUUUUUGAGUGGUUCGGGCUACAGUUGAACCCGGCCGGACGCGUGGAGUUGCUUUGCGGGCUUCUGCAUAUGUGUCAGCCGUUAGAGCUGCGUUUCCUCGGCGCCUGUCUAGAGGAUCUGGCCCGGAGAGAUUUCACCGUCCUGCGGGACUUCGAGAUCCGGGCCAACAGCCCCGCCGAUUUGGAAGGGCUGGUAGACGUAAGCGAUCCCGUGGUGUUGUCUAAACUACUCGUGUAUUUGUCUCUGCUCGGCUCCAAGAGCAGGGAAUGCGCCUGUAUUCUCUUCAGGACGUUGAGUCGGAUGGACGUGGGUAUGUACGGGGCUCUACCGGAGCCGGAGACGGUGGAUCAGCUGCGGCUGCUCUUCACCAUGGGCUCGCUACACCCGGCGUUCAGUUUCUAUCAGCGGGAAGAGCUGCGAGCGCAGUUGGACAGACUCCAAAGAUGGAGCCAGUUUUCCAGACCGGGGUUUCUCUGUCCUCACCGCGAGGAUGAUGGAGACUGGACUCUUUGCAGCAAUGCAAACCCACACCUCAGCAGCACAUCACAGCGUGAAGUGGUGCACAUUGAGAAGAUCAUUUUGAAGGAGGUUUCUGUGGGAGGAGAUGGCAGGCAUUACAGUUUCGAGGUGAAAUGGUCAGACUCUUCAUCAUCUGCUGUCACUAAAAGUCAUCGCGAGUUGGAGGAUUUUCUGUUAAAGCUUCCUAAGGAGCAGAGUCCUGGUGGCUUUGAGAAGGGCAUCGUCAAAUUACUCAGUCGUGGCGAUCAAUGUGAAUCCAGAGACCUGGAGAGAAACCUCAGGGAGAAAUUCCUGUCUUUAUCACAGGAUGUCCUUAGGAGAUGUGACAUUUCCAGGUUCUUCCUGUCUGAUGCGUCUGUACUGCCCUGUAGCCACUGUACCAGUGCGCCCGUAGCCAGAAUCCAUCAGCCUGAACGAGGUUUUUCUGAGGACUGCUCUGAGACUUCCAGCCUGGAGGAGGAUGUGGAGGCAUACAACAUCAGAGCUGCAGGAUUAAGUAAUCAGCGCUCUGAAUGCCAGAGAAGAGGAAACUGUGAGCAGAAUGGAGAGAGAGUUUGGAAGAAAGAGAAUGAAUUGGAACAGAACUGCACCAAUGACAGAAGAAUCUUCACAGCUGGACAGAAGAACAAAGGACGAUCUGCUGGAAAACGAGACAGAGUCCGGCGAGUGACCGCUGUCAAGACUUCUAAUGGGAUCCAGAAACCUUCUGCAGCACUGAUGAUCAACCAGGCAGCUUGCAAAGAUGCAGGAAGGGACCGGUAUGGGGACACGUCAUCAGAGAGCUCAAACUCUGUGCCAUCCAGCCCUGUUCACCAGAAGAGCCUGGAGGACCAAGAUACUGAGAGUCAGUCUGAUAACUCGGCCCAGGAGCCAACUGAAAAGACUCAACCCACCAAAGCCGUUGGCGGCAAAGCAGUUGCCAUGGUGAAUCCACUAGUUGCCGAACCCCAGAAUGUCCCGCAGACGCCUUCAGUGGUAGAACUGGCACUGACCGCAUGCCUCCCCUACUCCCUUCAGUACAACGCCACCCAGAGGGAUGCUGGCCAGGGUCAGAUAACCAUCACUAUCCCGUUGGCCCAAAACCCAGGAACAUCAUCAUCCGGCACUCAGCCACAGCAGCAGCCACCGCUUGGGGCGUUCAGUGUCCUCUCCGCUGGUCAGUGUCCUCUGCAGCCUGCCAACACCACCACGGCCAAUAGUGCCAUCAAAACAAACCCAAAGGCCUCCAUUACUGCCAGUGGCCCCUCCAGCUCAUGCAGUGGUCAAGUACCCAUAGCUUGUCCUACAAGUGUACCCACACACACCCCAGGCCCAGCGCCCAUGCCUGCUCCUGCAGUCACACACAGCACCGCUCCGAGCGAUUCUUUGUCCUACAUCAACAGCUCCAGCUUACCAGUAACACCAUUGGCUAGUGGGACGCAACAAGCAGGAGGAUGCAACACCUGCGGCUGCCGGGGCACCUGUGGAGGCACUGGUGCCCAUCAAACACACAGCUACUUCCUGCCACCCCAACCUGCCCGACAGAUGUUUGGGCCGCCGCCGCCUUUCUUCCACCUUCCUCCAUCUCUAUGCAAUAGUUUCGCAGCUCAGGGUCACCAAAAUAACGGGACGCCUCUGCCCUUCUAUGCCCACUCGGGUCCUCCUGCUGCAUUCCUGCACGCUCACUCUGACCACUUGCUGGCAUCGCAGGCAGGAUACAGUCUGCCUCAGAUGACCCCCUUCCAUCGCUUCUACCCACCUGUGUUUCCACCGGUCGGCCUGAUGUCAGGAGGAAACAACCUGAAGAAGACCAACAACGUGUCCUGCUAUAACUGCGGCAUGAGUGGACAUUAUGCUCAAGACUGCAAGCAACCAUCCAUUGAUGCCGGGCUGACAGGCAAGUGGUUACCGGCUGAAGUAUGUUGCCCCAAACUCCUCAGAAGCACUAGAUAAAAAUGAUUGACAUCAAGCAGGGGACCAAAGGCCUGUCAGUCAGCGAUUUCAGAGACCCUUCAGACUUUGUCCAAGCAUCCUCGUCCAGAGAGGUUUGCUUUAAAAAGAAGCAAUGCCAACUACACCGUUGCUAACUUAAUGGCUUUUCUCUUAGGAUUUAAAUUAUCUUAAUGUUAUAGUUUAAAGAAAUAGGAUGGGUUUGUUUUUGUUUUAGGCUCAAAAUAACUAGUUUAUUGUUGUCAGAAGGAAUUUUUAUAUAUAAGCUGACGUUCUCAUUAGCGGAGUUGAUGAGAAAAUUAAGAAACUUGAGUCCUUCAGUGCAGUAUUUUUGGUUUCUGACACGGGUGAAUCUUUAUAGGCUUUUUAUACAAGAGAAAAACGACAAGGAGAAAAAAAAAUACUGUCAAUGAUUAUUUUGGAAGUUCUCGUUUUGUUAUUAUGCAGUUCUCUGAAGCGUAUAAUGAUGCUCUUGCGACAUUAUACACAGUUGGUUUGUCAUUUUCUGAACGUGAUGCACUACAAAUGUUGAUCUCUGAUAAAAAUGUGAGUCGUGUUUAUUUGAAAUGCACUGAAACCCCAAGAAUCUACAGUACUGCCUCUCAUUGACAUGCUCUGAUCAUAUAGGGCACCUGCAGAAUCAGCCCUAAAUUCAUGUAGGAGAAUCUACGGUAGUUCAUCCCUUCAAAAAAAAAUAUUAAUCAAAAUUUGUGGUCAAUUUAAACAACCUCAGGGCAUUUAAGAUGUAGGUGAAUCUUUGAUUUUGAUUUCAGAAGAGCGUUAAAGAAAAUUUGUAGCUGCAAAAAAAAUCUAUAUUAUCACCACAGACUGAUUCAUUUGUCAACUAUUGUCAGAAGCCACAGUUGUUAAAUGGAUAUUUUACCCAGAAAUGAUAAGUAUUUACCAUUUACUCACUCUUAAGCAGUUAUAAACAUGUUUAUUCUGUUAAAGAAGCAUGCUGGAAACCUAUAACCAUUUUAUAAUAUAGAACUCAAUGGUUACUUUCUUCAAAAUAUCUUCUUUUGUGAAUAACAAAAUCAGGUUUGCGACUACCGAAGAGUGAGUAAAUGAUCUGAGAAUCUUCAGUUUUGAGUGAACUAUCCCUUAUUCUGUGUUUUGAUCCACUUUUUAAUGUUUACUUGCAUUUUUUGAAUCCUCGAGCAACAUUGUUUGAGGAAAAAAAUCUUAUUUAAUUCCUACAACAACAAAUAAAACGUGACCUACAUCUUGAAUGACCUGAGAAUGAAUAAACUAACAGCAAAUUUUCUUCUUUUGUCAUCGUCGUCGUUGUUGUUGUUGUUAAGCGGUCCCUUUAAGUGUUCUGAAUCUUUCAAAAAUCCUUGAUGAAUAUCCUAAAGCACUGUUCGAGCAAAUGUGGUUUUGACAUUUGAAAUUCUAGCCAAAAGGAGUAAAUAAAAAAAAAAGAUUUCGUUAACAUAGGACAACUCUUUGAGCAUCUAUGAUAUCUGCUUGUGUGUUGAAAAUCAUAUUUCUCAGUCAAAAGUACCAGAAGGCGAACGUUUGUGCCUAUAUUGCCAUGCAAGCAGCUAGACGUGUGUUGAAAAGUCUUAAUUCUUCUGUGUUUAAAGUACAUAUUUAACAUUUCUGAGAUCUUAUUGCAAUUUUGCCAAAGCAGCCCUAAAGUUUUCUUUUUAUAUAUCUAUAUAUAUAUGGAGAUUUGGCAUGUUUGUAUUGAGAAAAUAAUACAUGAAAGGAUUUUAUUUUGAUAUUUUCAAGAGAUUUUUGACGAAGGGCUUUCUUUCGAGCUUUUCGUGCUUGUCCAGGUGUUUUUAAGCACAUUUCCGGUUCGUAACAUGCGAUUUGAGUGUAUAACCGAUUUCCACAAGCGCAGUGUGUUGCAGGUUUCUAAACGUGCAUUCGUUCGGUUUGGUAAAUCGUUACUAAUCUGUAAAUAGAUUCUAAAGGGAGUGAACUACUCGAGGUUGGAGUCUGUCGACUGUAUUCGUUACACUUUUUUAUUUUAUAGAUUUAUGAAGCUGUACUGUAUGAGCGAGGUUUGGUAUCUGCCUCUGAGUUUACGUUUACUGUAUUUCAUAUGCAAAUGUUGAUUAAUCUGUACUGAGAGGUCAAAUUAAUCUGGUUACAUUUGCAUUUUUGGGGUGCAGAUUUGAUCGUUUAUGUCAAGAUAUUAGCAAUAAACGGAAAAAACUCA